CCCAGCAACCAGUGUCUCCUGUACCAGCAGAAGCUCCAGAUCUCUGACCCACUUGCUGCCUCCGCGGCGUCUUUGCCCACAGAACAGCUAUGAGAAGGCAACUCCGGUCCAGAAGGGCUCCUGCCUUUCCUUACGGUUAUCGCUUCAGACUUGAUGAUCAGGAUGAAGUGAAUCAGAACUACUUAGCAGAUGAAGAAGAAGAAGCAGAAGAAGAGGCUCGGGUGAUGAUGGUGCCUGAUUUGGAGGAGGAGGAAGAAGAGGAAGAGAAAGAGGAGGAGGAGGAGGAGGAAAAGGAGGAGGAAGAGGGUCAGGGUCAGCCAACAGGCAAUGCCUGGUGGCGGAAAUUGCAGAUCAUGAAUGAAUACCUGUGGGACCCGGAGAGAAGGAUGUCUCUGGCCCGAACAGGUCAGAGUUGGAGCCUGGUUUUAGUCAUUUACUUCUUCUUCUAUGCCUCCCUGGCUGCUGUGAUCACCCUCUGCAUGUAUACACUAUUUUUGACCAUCACUCCUUACAUGCCAACCUUCACUGAGCGGAUGAAGCCUCCUGGAGUUAUGAUCAGACCCUUCGCCCAUAGCCUUAACUUCAACUUCAACGUUUCUGAACCUGACACUUGGCAGCAUUAUGUGAUUAGCUUAAAUGGCUUUCUUCAGGGUUAUAAUGACAGUCUUCAAGAGGAAAUGAAUGUAGAUUGUCCUCCAGGGCAGUACUUCAUUCAAGAUGGCGAUGAGGAUGAGGACAAGAAGGCCUGCCAAUUUAAGCGCUCCUUCCUAAAGAACUGCUCUGGUCUGGAGGACCCUACUUUUGGAUAUUCUACUGGACAGCCUUGCAUCCUCCUAAAGAUGAACCGGAUUGUAGGCUUUCGUCCUGAGCUUGGAGAUCCCGUGAAAGUUUCCUGCAAGGUUCAGAGAGGUGAUGAAAAUGACAUCAGAUCCAUCAAUUACUACCCAGAGUCGGCUUCUUUUGACCUUCGAUACUACCCUUACUACGGCAAACUGACUCACGUUAACUACACCUCCCCACUGGUAGCAAUGCACUUUACAGACGUGGUGAAGAACCAAGAGGUGCCUGUGCAGUGCCAACUGAAGGGCAAAGGCAUCAUAAAUGAUGUCAUUAAUGAUCGUUUUGUGGGUAGGGUAAUCUUUACCCUGAACAUAGAAACCUAAGAACUCCAGGGGACCACUCCCACCAGUUCUAUUCCUGUUUUAUUUCAUGUUAUUCCUGGUAGCACCUGAAUUCUUAUUCUUCAGUUAGGACACAGCCAGAUGGAUGCCUAAGAUAGCAGGUCAUCUUUCCUUGCCUUUGAUAUAUGUAUGAAGUGAUAUUGUGGGAGCUAUUUGAUUUUUUAAAGGUAGUCUCUCCUGAUGACAAAUAGAGCAUAUUAAUUUGCUUUCCCUCCACCUAAUACAAAACUCAUUCUUGCUGUUAGAAACCUCACUGUAGUGUAAACAUAGUAUCUGAUAAAUUCCUAGUAGCCAUGUUCAGGAGAAUGUCUACAAUGCUUAUAAAUUCAUCAUGUUUCCCAAAAUUCAGUUGGUUUUAAAGGUGAGAUCCCCUCCCCCCACCAGGCUGAUAAUCUAAUUUGCUCUCUUUUUUAUAUGCCUGGCAAAGUUUUAACUUGGGAAUCACCACUUAGACCAACCCAAAUUACACCUAGGGCCACUAUAUCUAUAGAACUCCGUAUCCAGGGGUGCAUGAGAAACUGACUCUCACAGGCAACUAAAUACUGAUUCAAAACUAGGUUAUCUUCAACUGGGAUAGAAAGCAGUAAUAACUGGAUAUUGUUCUGGGAUCGAGAAGACCUUUUGUGGGACUUUUUUUGGGAGGUGGGACCCACUGCAAUUGGGGAGAACACUUAGCAUAUGGAUGCAAUUGGUGGUUGAUUCCAUGCUCUAUGGUAUAAUUGUCCAAAGGCAUACAUUCCUGAAAAUAUGUUUGGCUGAGCUCCAGGCAGAGGAGAAAACAUGGAAUAUCUCCAUCAACUAAUUCUUCUUGGGCUAUUUGCUUGACAGUAGUAAGAUAUUCUUUGAGACCAUCAAGGAUGGGUUUGUUGAUUCCCAACUACAGCCCUGGGAAUUGAAAUCAGCUCUGGGAAUUGACAUACAUGGCAAGACAGAAAGAUCCUGUCAGGCCACCCUGAAGCCAAGGCUCAUUAGCCAGUUUUAGGUUUACUUUUAAAAUGACAUGAGGCAGAUGUUCAUCCAUGUUGUGGAUGAGCCAAUUCCCUUGUCUUAUCUUUGGCCAUGUGACCAUUCCAUUGCUGCUUAACACCUCCACCAGGGGGAGAGCUGGGACAAAGAGAGAAGGCAGGGGAAAAUAUCAUUAGUGUCUCAGGGUCCAAAGCAAGCUUAAAUGCCACUUAGAAGCAUCCAGCAUGUGAAUCUCCUCUACAAUGUUUACUUUCUCCCAAAACAGGGAACUGGCAGUCUGGUAGUGAAGACAAGCAAGUAGAAAAUGAAUUAUGAGACAGUGUAACAAGAGUUAUAAAAUGAGUAUGUGGAAAUGUUAUGGGGAACAUGAGGAAAAAGAACUAUCUCCAGGUGAGAAGUAGAAGGAAGUUUCACAUGCAAAGCCACAAUCAUGAAAAGACCAUCUCAUGUUUUUUUUUUUUUUUUC